CCUUAUUCAAACAUUUACACUUGGGGAUCUCUCAAGCAAGACUAAUUUUUUGGACUUUUUUUUGAAACACUGCAAGAAAUUCUCUGAGGAAAUAUGGUUUCAGCUGCUUUGCAGAUGCUGGGCACUGCCCUGUGCAUUAUUGGCUGGAUUGGGGUCAUUGUUAUAUGUGCUUUACCUCAGUGGAAAGUUACAGCCUUCAUCGGCCAGAACAUUGUCACAGCUCAAACUACAUGGGAAGGCAUCUGGAUGACCUGUGUAGUCCAGAGCACAGGCCAGAUGCAGUGCAAGGUUUAUGAUUCAAUGCUGGCCCUGUCUUCAGACCUCCAGGCUGCUCGAGCCCUUACUAUCAUCGCCAUCCUGAUUGGUAUCAUUGGCAUCCUGCUGGCCAUGGCAGGAGGGAAGUGCACCAACUGUGUGGAGGAUGAGGGCUCAAAAUCCAAAAUUGGCAUUGCAGCUGGGGUGGUCUUCAUCAUUGCAGGUGUUUUGUGCCUUGUCCCAGUGUGCUGGACAGCAAACACCACCAUACAGGAAUUCUACAAUCCAAUGUUCAAUGCCUCUCAGAAGAAGGAACUGGGAGCUUCACUGUUCAUUGGCUGGGGAGCAGGAGGCCUCCUCAUCAUCGGUGGUGCAUUGCUCUGUGCUAACUGCCCUCCCAAGGACAACUACUCUGCCAAGUACUCAGCUCCCCGUUCAUCUGCCCCAGCUGCAAACAAGGGCUAUGUUUGAGGAGAAACAAGGAAAAGGGAGCACUGAGAAAGCCAAGAGACUAAAAAAAGACAUGAUUCUAAUGCCUUGUGGCCAAAUGAUAUUAAUUCAUGUUGACACUUUAAAUAUUUCAAUAUUUCUAUUGUGUUCACAGUUUAAAUUUAAAUAGCUUUGUACUGAUUUACCUGCAUUAUUUUCAUCACAAUUGUUUCAUAAUAGCUAAGAAAAAAAAAGCCGCCACACCCCAAAACUGGGUGUGGUGCACACAAUGUGCCACACUGUGGAGUCACAAAAUGCUAACAUGGGUAAUGGAGUAAAGUUCAUCAUGUUACUUGGAUUUGUUGUAUUUUUCAUUCAUUCAUUUUGCUUUGAUAUUAUCCAUUUGUUACUUUUGCAUAUAAUGCAUUUUCAGUGUGUUUUUUAUUCAUGGAUAUUUGAAACUGUAAAUAAAGAUGUGUUUUAACCACUGCUCAACCAACA